AUGUCGACGAGUAAAAAAAAGAAAGAUCUUGUAUAUGCAAUAACAGAAAAUGGAACACAUAAACCAAUAACACAACCUGCAAAGUUGUCAAUGCUAUCAAUAUUAGCUUAUGCCUCUGUUGGUCUACCCUAUUCUAUGCAAUUGUCCAUUAAUGCAUUUUAUACAAACUAUUUUCUGUUAGAUGUAGCUAAGGUUUCUCCUUCAUAUAAUGCAGGUGCCUUGUUUACGAGUCGAGUAAUCGAUGCCAUAACAGAUCCUAUUGGUGGCUAUUUUUUUCAACGAUUUUCAACAAAAUGGGGCAAAAUGAGACCUUGGAUUUUAUUUUCUGCUCCAUUGGUUGCCGUCACCUACUUUUGUUUGUGGAUAAUCCCCAAUGUAUCAGAAGUUGGAAAAUUUGUUUAUUAUUUUAUAUUUCAUUCAUUGUUUUGGACCUUUAUGACAGCAACUCGAAUACCACAUACAGCGCUUACAGUGUAUAUAGCAAUAAGUCAAAAGGAGCGAGAUGUGCUUACUCAGUAUCGAACUUUAAUGGAAGCUGGUGGAUUAUUAUUAUCGAUCGCUCUUCAUACUGCCGUUAUGGUACUAUUUAAAGCAGAAGGGAGUAAAUGCACACCUAAUAAUUCUGAAAAUAAUACAAAUGGUACAAACUUUACAAAUUUUUCAAACGAUUCAACGACCGCAAUGCCAGGCAUUCACGAACUGAAUGUCAUUGGUUCUAAUGUGAAAAAUGCUUAUAUGGUAUCUGCUGGUAUUGUAGCUAUUUUAUGUGUUGCUACAGCAAUAUUUUUAUUUUUUAAUGUACGAGAAGUGGCAGAUGUUAUUGAAUCGGAUAAAAGAAGUUUUGUCGAAAGUUCCAAAAUGAUAAUCAAAUACAAACCGUUUCUUAUAUUAACAGUCGCCACCGUAGCAUCAGUAUUGGCCACACAACUGUUGGUACCAACGUUAAUAGCUGUUCUUAUCAAAGGUACACCGAUGUGGUUAUUAUUUAUCUGUGCUGCCCUUGGCGCAAAUACUGUUGCCUGCGGUUAUUUAAUGCCAUGGGCAAUGUUACCCGUGUGUAUUGAUGCGUUUAUGUUAAAAACUGGCACUAAACCAGUCGAGAUCUUUUACACAUUUUUUUUCUUGGGUGCGAAAGUUGCGCAAGCAAUUUACACCGGUUUGGUACAAGUUGCUUUAGCUGCAAGUAAUUUUGAUUCACGAUAUUGUGAUCAACCUGAAUCGGUAUCAACUGCUCUUCGAAUAUUAGCUGGAGGUAUUCCUGGUGUAAUUAUGUUGAUAUCAACUGUUUGUUUAUUUUUCUAUCCAAUUGGUGAAAAACGUACACAAGAAAUUGAGAAGCAAUUACAACAAUUAAGAGAAUCAUCGGCAAAUACCAAUGACUCAUCCGGCGACACCCUCGACCUGGAUACAUCGACUGAAUUUUAG